CCCAACCCCAGUGGCGGCGGGAUUCCUCCGCAGGUUAUCGUAGCAGGUCGGAGUUCGGUGGCCUAAGAUCUUGUUGAAGAGGAUGCAACCUGUGGCAUCAUGGCUGUCACGUUACCCGCGGUCGUAGAGGAGCUCUUGAGCGAGAUGGCCGCGGCAGUGAGGGAAACCGCACGAAUUCCUGAUGAGCAUCUAUCAUCGCUGAAGUUUAUCUUUGGCUCAUCAGCCAUUCAAGCCUUGGACCUAGUUGAUCGACAGUCCAUCACUUUAAUCUCAUCGCCCAGUGGAAGGCACAUUUACCAGGUACUAGGAAGUUCUGGCAAAACAUACACAUGUUUGGCUUCUUGUCAUUACUGUUCGUGUCCUGCAUUUGCCUUCUCAGUGCUGCGGAAGAGUGAAAGCCUACUGUGUAAGCAUCUCUUGGCAGUUUAUCUUAGUCAGGUUAUGAGGACCUGUCAGCAGUUAAGUGUCUCUGACAAACAACUGACAGACAUGUUAUUGAUAGAGAAGAAACAAGAAGCUUAAAAAAGUACAGAUGGAAUGUCAUUGUCUUUCAAAAUAGAAGUCCUAUGGAGAAAUGCAUUCAACCUGUCAUGGUUCUCAAGGAAAAGAGAUGAAAUGGAUCUUCCAGAGACUUGUGUUACUCUCCCUUUUCAUCCUGGAUUGCAGGACGAACUCUGGGAGCUAUGGGCUAGGGAGAGUGUGAAUAUGGUUUGGAGCCUAUGACAUCUUCCCAUGAAAAACCUGAAUCAGCCUCUGAGCCACUUGGGCAAAAAAUGUCCCUGGAAGGAAUUAAGCAUUGUAACCUGAAAUAAAGUCCAAUACCAUGCUGUGUCCACAA